CCAUCAAGUCAGCCUGCCAGCCGUCAGCGGAGGGGCUUUUUGAGUAUGGAGCUCCCCGCCACCGGGGACCGUGUGUUCGCCGCGGAGGCCAUACUGAAGCGUCGCGUUCGGAAGGGACAUAUUGAAUAUCUUGUGAAGUGGAAAGGAUGGGCGAUUAAACACAGCACUUGGGAGCCGGAGGAGAACAUCCUGGAUGACCGGCUCGUCUCCGCAUAUGAGCAGAAAGAGCGGGAGCAGGAGAUGUACGGGCCGAAGAAGCGAGGGCCCAAACCCAAGACGCUGCUGCUGAAGGCUCGUGCUCAGGCUGGUCCGUCCCGUAUUCUUCCACUCCGUCAGCAGCAGCAGCCUCCAAAACCGCCCCCCCGGCCCCUCCGCCCGCCCCCCAAUAACCCCCCCUCCUCCUCCUCCUCCUCCUCCUCCUCCUUCCCCUCCUCCUCCUCCUCCUCCUCCUCCUUUUCCUCCUUUUCCUCCUCCGUGUCCAACGCCAAGCUGCAGUCGGGCGCGGCGCAGCACAAGCUGAAGAAGGACAUCCACCGCUGCCACCGAAUGGCCCGCCGGCCCCUGUCCCGCCCCGACCCCCUCUCUCGGCCAAUGGGCUCGUCCGCUCCCCUCUCGGCCCGCCCCCCGUCCUUCUCGGAGACGGUGCGCAUCCUGAACCGCAAGGCGAAGCCGCCGCAGCGCGAGGUCAAGCGCGAGGUCAAACACGAGGUCAAGCGCGGACGCAUCAUCCUCAACCUCAAGGUGACGGACAAGCCGGCAGGGGGCGGGGCCUCCAAGGCCUCCUCGGCCAAUCAGAGGACUCCCAUGCAGCCGCCGCCCCCUCCGCCGCCUCACCACCACCACGCCUCGCACGCGGGCCGGACGGCGGUUCUGUCGCGGAACCGAGUGGCGGCGGCGGGGAAGAACCGCAGGCUCGGGGAGGUUCCGUACCGAGGUCUCCAGACGGCCCUGAAGGUGCCCACGUUCCCUCUGCCAUCCAGGAGAAGCCUCGGAGCCCAGCAGGCCCACGCCAGCGCCAGUGCCAACCUGACCAGCGCCAACCUGACCCACGGCAGUGCCAACCUGACCAGCGCCAACCUGACCCACGGCAGCGCCAACCUGACCCACGGCAGCGCCAACCUGACCCACGGCAGCGCCAACCUGACCCACGGGCGGGCGGGCGGACCUGGCGCUGUUGUGCCCGCUGCCCUCUCCGACCCGGCGCCGGUCGGUCUGGACCCCGCCGGACCGGGUCAGCCCAGCGCCGCCUCCCCCGAGAGCUCGGCCCCCACCGGCUCCCACGCGUCCAGCCCUGCCCCCCCCUCACCCGCCCGUCCAGCGCUGCUGCCCCCCCCUCUGAAGGCCCCGUGGGCGUCCAGACCGGCGCCUGACCAGCCGGCCCUCCUGGACGCUCCGCACGACAUCCUGGACCUGUCUCUGACGCACGACGCGCCCGCAGCGGCCGCCAGGGGUUGCCGUGACGACGACGACGACGACCUCGACGACGACCUCGACGACGACGACCUCCUCCACCACCACCGGCGCUGCCAGAACGACUUCUCCUCGGAGCCACAUCGCCGCGGCAACGCGUCGGGGGGUCGGGACGGCGACCCCGACUGGCACCCGGAGAUGACGGCGCGCUGCGCCAACGUGGUGGUCACCGACGUCACCACCAACCUGCUGACCGUCACCAUCAAAGAGUUCCAGCACCAGCACGCCACACUGCCCCCGCAGGCAACCCUGAAGUUCAUUGUUGUUAUUUUGGCCGCCGGUAUGGUGGCCUUUAUCGGAGCGGUCAUCUGCAUCAUUGCUGCAGUUCACACCGGAUCAAAUUCGGCCGCCGUAGCUCAGCCACUGGCCGACAACCAGUCGCUUCUGUCUACCGACGCGGGUGUCCAGACUCUCGCCCCUGGGUCCGUGCCUGCCCGGGCCGGACCUGUGGACGCUCUCCACGGUCCUGAAGCCAACGGCGGGGAACCGGGAAGCGUGGAGGCGCCGACCUUCUACACAGUCAGCGGAACUACCGGGGGUGGACCAAGGGGAGGGGGACAGGUGAUCUACAGCCGCCUCAUCUGCACUCCCAUCCCCGCCGGCGAGUGCAAGCCCAAAAACUUUGAGCAACAAGCGGACGACCCGUCGCUGUACGCGGGCGAGGACUGGGGCUACCUGCGCACCACCGCCGACGAGCUGCGACAAACCGUGCUUCAGCAGAAGGACGAGAUUCUCACAGACCAACGGACCAUUCGCGAGCUGACGGGGAAGCUAACGGAAUGCGAGAGGGACGUGACGACGGCCGGGGGCAACCCCGAGAGGAACGCGGGCAUUUGGGGUGGCAAACGGGGCGAGGGAGAGCACAUCAUGGUGCGGGACGAGGCGCCAGCUGAGAUACUUGCCGCUAGCGCUGUCCAGCAGCUGGAGCAAGCCAUCCAUCAGCUGAAGGGCCGCAUUGAGAAACUGGAGUCGGAGAUGGGACCUCAUCCUCACAAUCACACAAACACCGGCCAUAAGCCUGCGCUCCCGACGGCCGCGGGCGGGCUCUCUAGCGCCCCCAGCGGCCGUGUGCAGGAGGCGCCGCUGCAGGUGGAGGACCUGGAAGGGGAGCUGGAGAAGAAGAUGCAGCUGCUGGAGGAGCAGAGGAAGGCCCUGCGCCAGGAGAGCCAACGCCACCGAGAGCGCAUCGACCUGGGCCUCCACAGCGUCCAUCAGAGGGUCACGGGGCUGGAGCAAGGACACACAGACUCUGUGUCGGCGGAGGAGUUCCAGCUGUCCUUCCCGGUCCAGAGCACCGGCAGCACCGGCAGCACCGGCACCGGCACCGGCACCGGCAGCUGGGCGGCAGCGUACGCGCUGGUGACCUCGCCCGUGCCCGCGCUCCACGCCCUCACCGUCUGCUUCUGGCUGCGCCCGCGCCACGCCCGCCUGGGCACCCCGCUCUCCUACGCCGUGCCCGGCCAGCCCAACGAGCUGGUGCUGCUGCAGGGCAAACGCCAGCCCCUCGAGCUCAUCGUCAACAACCAGGUGGCGCCGUUGCCUCUGAACAUAUCAGUGGGCAGCUGGCAGCACAUCUGCGUGAGCUGGCACAGGAAGGGCGGGCAGUGGAGAGCCUACCAGGGGGGCAAACUGCGCGGUGAGGGGCAGGGUGUGGCAUCUGGACACUACAUCCGCCCCGCAGGGGUCCUCAUACUGGGGCAAGAGCAGGAUAUUGUCGGCGGUGGCUUUGAGGCCAGCCAGGCCCUGGAGGGCGAGAUGUCUCAGCUGAGCCUGUGGGACCGGACUCUGAGGCCGGCCGAGGUGGCAGCGCUUGCCCGCUGCACCAAGGGAAUGCUGGGAAACGUAGUCCCCUGGAGAGAGCAGAGCCUGGAGGUGUUCGGUGGGGCCACCAAGGAGCCUGGGGAGCCCUGCGCCACCCUGCCCACCAGUGCCAAGCAGUGAGGGGCAGGAGAGGUGGCAACCACCAGACUGGCAUCAGGCUCGGGAAUGCCAGAGACCUGGACUGGGCAGAGUGUGGCGAGGGAGGAGGGCAUCGGGAAUGCCAAGUGGACGGGCGGAGCGAUGAAGAAAGAGAUGGAUCUCACAAGCCAAUGUUUGUGUGAACAAAAAGAAGAGUUUUUUUCUUUUGUCUUUGUUUAGCGUUUGCUUUCUUUGAUUGUGAACAUCGUUUGUGGUGCUUUUGGUUUAUAAUCACUCUCUCUUGGUAUUCAUGCUGACACUGUUCAGUCUUAACAGACAUCAGCUCUGUCAUCGGAGACGUCCCACAGACAAAGACACACAGAUUGGUUUGAUUUAUUCUUGCGGUUUGUUUAUGAGUCACUGGGAUUGUGCUUAUUUACAGAUUUACAGCAGUGUUGUUUGGUACAUCGUGCAUUCACGCAGUUCAAGCAGCACGUCUCUGGUGAUUGUUCAUGCUUGUUGUUGAGCACAAUUUUAUACAGUUGCCAUUGUAAGUUUUUUUUGUUUUCUUUUCUGAAAAGUGAUAUAUGGUGUGUUUUUCUAACGUUAGAUAUGAGACUGUAUAUAAAGUGUGUGGGGGGGAGGG